AUGAGCAACCAGAACUCUCUCAGACUGUCUGCAGAGAAGGCUGGGGGCCCCAGAGCUGAAUGCAGUACUUCAGGCGGGCCCUCGCCAGAGCAGAGGGGCAGCAUCACCUCCCGCAUCUGCUGCCCACGGUGCUUUGGAUGCCACGACACGUUUGGCUUUCCGGGGUGCGAGUGCGCUGUGCCGGCCCGGGUCCAGCUUGUGGUCUCCCGGCAUCCCGAGUCCUCCCGGGCAGGGCGGCUCUCGGUCCGCGGCUCUUGCCCGCAGUGUCCCUGCGGAGCGAUUCGGCGCGCGGCCGCGCAGUGGGUGUGCCCGUGCCCGCGCUCAGGUGCGGGGGCGCGGAGCGCGUUCCUCGAGGGGCGGGCGGAGCGNGCCCUCGGCCGUUCCCGGGGCACGGGGUCCCUCAGGGGCCGGGGCGCGGCUGCAGCGGCGCUCCCCGAUCCUGCCCGAGCUCAGGCGCGUGGAGUGCGCCGCGGUUCCCACGCGGAUAUACGCGAUGGAGCCUUGCGUGGGAGACCACCGGUGACCGAUGGCUCACAUCAGGGUGUGACUUGCCCCAGGUUCUGGAAGAAUUUUCUUGCUGAAUCUUUAGCACGCGUAGCAAUUUCCUCUUCCAUAGGUCUCCUUGUCGGUACUCUUGAUGUUGUGUUGGACUCCAGUGCCAGAGUGGCACCAUAUCGAAUCCUCUACCAAACACCAGACUCCUUGGUCUACUGGACCAUUGCCUGUGGUUGCUCAAGGAAGGAAAUCACUGAGCACUGGGAAUGGCUCGAGCAGAAUUUGUUGCAAACUCUUUCAAUCUUUGAAAAUGAGAAUGACAUAAAUACAUUUGUCAGAGGAAAAAUACAGGGCAUCAUUGCUGAGUACAACAAAAUCAAUGGCAUCAAAGAGGAUGAUGACACAGAAAAAUUCAAGGAAGCCAUAGUGAAAUUUCACAAGCUGUUUGGGAUGCCAGAAGAAGAGAAAUUAGUGAACUACUACUCCUGCAGUUACUGGAAGGGGAAGGUUCCCCGUCAGGGCUGGGUGUAUCUCAGCAUUAAUCACCUUUGCUUUUACUCUUUUUUCAUGGGCAGGGAAGCAAAGUUAGUUAUCCGUUGGGUUGAUAUCACUCAGCUUGAGAAGAAUGCUACACUGCUCUUCCCUGAUAUGAUCAAAGUGAGCACAAGAUCAAGUGAACAUUUCUUCUCAGUAUUCCUUAAUAUCAGUGAGACAUUUAAACUAAUGGAACAGCUUGCCAAUAUAGCUAUGCGACAGCUUUUGGACAAUGAAGGAUUUGAACAAGACAGGUCAUUACCCAAACUGAAAAAGAAAUCCCCCAAAAAAGUAUCUGCUCUAAAACGGGAUCUUGAUGCCAGAGCAAAGAGUGAGAGAUACCGUGCAUUGUUCCGACUUCCCAAGGAUGAGAAAUUAGAUGGACACACAGACUGUACUCUUUGGACUCCAUUCAACAAAAUGCAUAUUUUGGGUCAGAUGUUUGUUUCCACAAACUACAUUUGCUUUACUAGUAAAGAAGAGAACUUGUGCAGCCUUAUUAUCCCUCUUCGAGAGGUGACAAUAGUGGAAAAGGCAGACAGCUCCAGUGUGCUGCCCAGCCCACUGUCAAUCAGCACGAAAAACAGAAUGACAUUCCUCUUUGCCAACUUGAAAGAUAGAGAUUUUCUUGUACAGAGGAUCUCAGACUUUCUGCAACAAACCACUUCAAAAAUAUACUUGGAUAAAAAUAUUGCUGGAAGCUAUAUCAGCUCAGAUGAUGAGGUGUUUUCAAGAUCAAGUAGUUCAGUUUCUGCCAGCCCUCACAAAAGCCUGAGCUCAGAGUCAGAGGGAGAGCGACAAUUCAACCUCAAUGAUAACGGCAUUCCAACAGCAACUCAAGCUUUAAUGACAAUGUAUCGACGCAGAUCACCUGAGGAGUUCAACCCUAAGCUGGCCAAGGAGUUCCUGAAGGAACAGGCCUGGAAGAUUCACUUUGCUGAAUAUGGUCAAGGGGUCUGUAUGUAUCGUACAGAGAAAACAAGAGACCUUGUACUAAAGGGCAUUCCAGAAAGCAUGAGAGGAGAACUUUGGCUGCUCUUUUCAGGAGCCAUUAAUGAAAUGGCCACUCAUCCUGGCUAUUAUGAGGAUCUAGUGGAGAAAUCAAUGGGAAAAUACAAUCUUGCUACAGAAGAGAUAGAGAGGGAUCUGCACCGUUCCCUUCCAGAACACCCUGCAUUCCAGAAUGAGAUGGGUAUUGCUGCUUUAAGGAGAGUCUUGACAGCUUAUGCCUUCAGAAAUCCAAACAUAGGAUAUUGUCAGGCUAUGAAUAUUGUCACUUCAGUGCUCCUCCUUUAUGCAAAAGAGGAGGAAGCAUUCUGGCUGCUGGUGGCUCUGUGUGAGCGUAUGCUGCCUGACUACUACAACACAAGAGUUGUUGGAGCAUUGGUGGAUCAGGGUGUCUUUGAAGAGCUGGCUCGUGACUACAUUCCACAGCUUUAUGACUGCAUGCAGGACUUGGGCGUAAUCUCCACCAUCUCCCUAUCCUGGUUCCUCACUCUUUUCCUCAGUGUAAUGCCAUUUGAAAGUGCAGUGGUAGUUGUGGAUUGUUUCUUCUGUGAAGGAAUAAAGGUGAUAUUUCAGUUAGCGCUCGCUGUCCUUGAAGCUAAUGUAGACAAGCUGCUUAACUGUAAAGAUGAUGGAGAAGCCAUGACAGUCUUGGGAAGAUAUUUGGACAGUGUAACUAAUAAGGACAGCACUCUUCCUCCAAUUCCUCAUCUUCACUCCCUGCUCAGUGAUGAUGUAGAGCCUUAUCCUGAGGUGGAUAUCUUCAGGCUAAUCAGGUCUUCCUAUGAGAAAUUUGGAAGCAUCCGGGCGGAUUUAAUUGAACAAAUGAGAUUCAAACAAAGACUGAAAGUCAUCCAAACCCUCGAAGAUACUACAAAGCGCAAUGUGGUACGAACUAUUGUGACAGAGACUUCUUUUACUAUUGAUGAACUGGAGGAACUAUACGCGCUUUUCAAGGCAGAACACCUGACAAGCUGCUACUGGGGAGGAAACAGCAACGCCACAGAGCGACACGAUCCCAGCCUGCCUUACCUGGAGCAGUACCGCAUUGACUUUGACCAGUUCAAAGGCAUGUUCACCCUCCUCUUCCCCUGGGCAUGUGGAACUCACUCAGAUAUAUUGGCUGCCCGUUUGUUCAGGCUUCUGGAUGAAAAUGGAGAUCUGCUCAUCAAUUUCCGUGAAUUCGUCUCUGGACUGAGUGCAGCGUGCCAUGGAGAUCUUACAGAGAAGCUGAAGCUGCUGUAUAAAAUGCAUGUUUUGCCUGAUCCAUCCCCUGAGCAAGAAGAACCAGACUCUGCUUUUGAAGCUACUCAAUACUUUUUUGAGGACAUCACACCAGACUGUACACAUGUUGUUGGCCUAGACAGCAGAAACAAACAUGGAGUAGAUGAUGGGUUUGUUACAGUGAGUCUGAAAACAGAUAAAGGCAAGAAGAGCUCACAAGAGAGUCGAACUUAUAUGAGAAUGUGGAGCCAAGAGAAUAAAUCCAAAGCAAAAAACACAAAGGACUUGCCCAAGCUGAACCAGGGGCAGUUCAUUGAGCUGUGCAAGACAAUGUACAACAUGUUCAGUGAAGACCCCAAUGAGCAGGACCUGUAUCAUGCUACAGCUGCUGUAACAAGCUUGCUCCUGGAGAUUGGGGAGGUUGGGAAGCUCUUCAGCGUGCAGCCCCCCAAUGACACAGACAGCAGCAACAACUACAGCAAAGCCAUUCAGAGUGAGCUGUUCCAGAAGAAAGAGCACCAUCAGUACCCCCUGGCACAGGACAAGGCGCUCCAGAACAGCCUUGUGGCCAGUGAGGAGGAGGCCACUGGCACUGACAGUGCCCUGGGAAUGCAGAUGGAAGAUAUUAAGCUGGAAGACUCUUCUCCCAGGGACAAUGGAGUCUGUUCUUCCAUGCUCAUUUCCGAUGAUGACACGAAAGACGACAGUUCCAUGUCCUCCUACUCAGUGCUGAGCGCAGGCUCACAUGAGGAGGAGAAGCUGCACUGCGAGGACAUUGGGGAAGACACAGUUCUAGUGCGGAGCAACCACACCCCUGCCCUCCACAGGAGCACAAGCAUUGACAGGGACUGGGCCAUCACCUUUGAACAAUUUUUAGCCUCCCUUUUGACUGAGCCAGCACUGGUCAGAUACUUUGACAAGCCUGUGUCCAUGAUGGCUAGGAUUACUAAUGCUAAAAACGUCAGGAUGAGGGGUAAACCAAUAACGUCAGCCAGUGACUAUGAAAUCUCUACUAUGUCGGGAUAAAAGGCAAUCGGGUUUUUUAUUUCAUUUUUUCUUUUUAUUCUCUAUUUAUUAGUACCUGGCAGAGGCCCUGGUAUUUUCAAAACAUAGUUGUUUUCACUAAUGUGAAAAUGUUGAGGUGCAAACAUAACUAUCUUCAAGUAUAAUCACUCUUUCUGUGGGAAAUGUUACACAUGCAAAUUUUAUUCAAAAUACAGAAAAAAAAUUACGCUUGUCAGUGAAGUGUGUGUAUUAUUAAUAUUGCUGUCAGUGUAUAAUGGUAAAGAUUAGUUCUUAAUUUCUAAAUGUAAACUUAAUGCCAAUAUUGAUGUGCAUUUUAAAAAUAGACAUACAUAGAGAUCUGAUGCUUGGGAAAAAAAAAAAUAACAAAAUAGGAAGAACCUAAAAUUUAAAGGGACACUGUCAACUUGAAAAGGGCCUCAGGUAAAAAUAAGUUCCAGGCAACAUCCUUGAAGCAUAAUUUUAUUUCAUAUUUUUUUUUCAAAGAGGCUUUGGACAUAUGAUUUGAUUUUACUUUUCUGAAUAUAUGAAAGACCACUUAAGUGAUGCCUGCCUGGCUCCUGACUUCCUCUGCCUGAGACUGGUAUGCUCAAGUGAAAGUGAGAAGUCCAUCCUAACCUAGCUGCCACAUUAGCAAAUGUGGAUACAUGUGAUGGUUUCUGCCCAUUUGCCUUUCCCUGAGUUCAGCAGAAAGAAAGCCCUUUCCCAGCUGCAGCCAUCAAAGGAAGAUCUCCAGCAUGACCCUGCCCAGGGCCGUGUUCCUAACCAGUGGACUUGGAAGCUUUGCUGGUGUUCUCCAAAGACAGUGUGUGCAGGUCCCAGAACAGAUUGGUAGAGUCUCUUUUCAAAAUUUGAAGUCUGUUUUUAAAAGCUUAGGAAAAAAAAAAGUAUAUCUAUAUAUAUAUAUAUAUAUAUCUACUUCUAAGGCUGGAUCUACAGCAAAUAUAGCUUAGUUCUCAAAACUAACCUUUACCACCAACCUAUUAUAUGCUUGUUAGAUUAAAAAAAUAAAAGCCUGUAUUGCAUAAGUCUUUAUUUACUGCAGUGUAAAGCAGCAGUAAUGAAAAAAAAUCUGCAAGAUAAUGUAACUGAAUGUUUAAAUCGUACUGAGAACACUGUCACUUUAUAUGAAAUUAAUAGUAUCCUGUAUUGACUAACUGAAUAAUAUGUUAAAAUGGAAACUGGAGCACCUGCACUUUGAAUCCUUGCUUUUUUUAUACAGAUAUUUAGGAUUUUUUUAAAAAUUUUGUUAGCUGUUUUUUAAUUCAUAUUUGUUCAUUUCAGGACCAUGCCUACAUGCCUAAUCUUUAUUUGCUGUUUUGAGAAUAUUUUCUGUAGAAUACCAUUGAUUUUUUUAUACUCCUGGAUAAUACUGCAUCCAUGUAACUUGCAGAUUUUUUUAGCACAAGCUAUGUUUAAUUCUUUUGUUUUAAAAGAAUGCUUUUAAACUGUCAGAUGAAGUGGUUUUUAACCACAAAUAGGUAAUGUGAACAAAUAAAGUACACUCUGCACAGAUUUUGAUUUUUAACUAUUAAAGUCAUGCUAGAGGGAAAAUGAGGUGGUUGUGCUUUAUUACACAGACAAAUGUUAGUAUGUCUACUGGUAAUGGUAUGAAAAAGCACUGUAGUCUUUCUGCUGUGACUGGAUGAGUUUACAUAUGUAUCAAAUAAUUAUAUUAAUAUGAAGCCAUAAUCACCAUUUUGAAUACUAUUGCUUUUAAUUUAAGAUACCAAGGACAGAGUGGGGUGCUUUAUUAUAAUGUCUGGUAGCUGAAUAAGCUGUCAUAGAAGUCUUCAGCUUCCUUAAGUGGACUACUGACCUUUUUAAGUUUGCAGAUCCCUAAAAUAUUUCUCUUUUAGGUGUCUGUUAUGUUAAAGUGAAUUUAAGCCUAUCAGCAAGCUUACACACACCCCUAGAGACACACAGGACACACAACUCCAAAACAUUUAUCCUUGAAGGGCUUGCCAGCUUUGUUCCCACUCCACCCACAUAGCUGGGGAUGCAAUGGCUGACAAGAAUUACCUUGCUGUUCAGGCACCUGCAACAAAAAGAGGCAUCCACAAGUGGAUCUCUGGUUUACAUGAGCCCAUUUGCAACUUUUUUUUGUUUUGGUCUAGUAGCCUUCCUUACCUUCCUGAUCACAUCAGCAAAGCUCUCAAGUGUGAGCCAUGUCCUCUUUAAGAGUGGCAUUGCAAUAGGUAGCAGCCAGGUGAGCUGAUCUUUCCCAGGUUUGUUUGGAUGAGGCUGCUCACUUGAUCAGGACCACCUACCUGGUAGUUGCCUAUUUGAUGACAAGAUCUGCUGUGCCCUUUCCUUUAGUAGCUGUGUGGGAUCUGGUGAACAGAAAGCUACACAAGAAUUCAACUGACCAGCAUACAGUGGUGUGAAACUUUUGGGAAAAUGUAAGUAUUUUUAAAGGCUUACUGUAUUGUGCAGGUGUGUUACACAUAAAGUGAGUAUGGCUUCAGAAGUA